GGCUCCAGCUGCGCGGAGGGCAGGGCCGGCCCGCGAUUUGCCGCGCGCGCCUGCCGCCGCCGCCGCCGCCCCCGCAGCGGCCGGCGCGCUGCCGGUGACCCACCGGUCGGCGCCCAUGGUCUCCCAGAACUGCCUGUCCGUGCACAAGGCCGCGCCCAAGUUCUCCUUCUCGCACAGCGGCCUCGGGCCGGAGCGGACGAAGCCCAGCCCCUCCCCCGGCACGUACAACGUCGUGGGCGUAGACAGGGACAAGUUCUCGAGGUCAGCCUCGUAUUCGAUACUGGGCGCCAGCAAGAUGGGCGGCGCCGCCACCGUGGGCAGCGCGGCCAAGGUCCCGGGGCCCGGCGCCUACGUCCCCAACGACGUCCGCAGUCUGUCGCCCCCGAAGUGGGCGUUCGGGAGCGAGCCCCGCAUGGCCGAGAAGAAGGCGAUGAAGUCGGCGGGCCCCGGACAGUACAACACGGCCACGCAGAAUGAUGCGGUCUCGUGCAGCAUUGCGCCUAAGCUUGGCCUCGGGUACAAGAAGCCGAUUACCCCGGCGCCAGGUGCCUAUCAGCCGAAAUUCGAGAACUUGUCCACGAUGAAGGCGCCAGGCACAAUGUCGUUUGGAUCCUCUUCCCGGGGCCCCAUACGGGACAACGGGGCCCCGGGGCCUGGCAGGUACAGCUCCACGACCAAGUCGCUCAACGCUGGCUACAAGACCAUGCCCUCAUUCAGCAUGCAGGGCAGGUGGAAGGACCCGCCGCAGAAGCACCCGGGUCCCGACUUCAUGUCUUCGACGACCUCCUUCAAGUGACCCCCGACGCCUCCCCGGCAGAGCCCAGGGCCGCGCGCCGACGGCCCUCGCAGACAUCCGACGGCGUGAUCUUGUCAGGGCGGGGCCACGCAGUUUUGACCCCCUCCCGUGCCUUGCCUCUUUCGUCCUGGACUCCUCGCUGAUGGCCCCGGCCCGACCACGGCACCCCGAGCCCGAGGUCGGGGAACAGCCGCCGGGAUGGACAACAAAAACCAGCGCGUCAGAGGCCUGGGCCGGGAGGCCCCAGCUGGCCUGAGCAGGCCGCCAGGGCAGCGAGCCCUCGGGCGGUCUCAGCCCCGGCCCCCCUCGGGGGCGAGGCUGCGCCUGGUGCUGCCAGGAUCACCGCGCCGCCGCACCGCCGACGCACCGCCUCGGCGGCGCGGCACUGCCCAGAGCCCAGGGCCCGAUGCUCUCCAUGCUGG